AUGUACGAGGUGCUGGAUCCGUGCUACUACUCGGUUCUCCAAGUGGACGUCAAUGCGAGCUCUUCGGUCAUCGCCAGAGCCUAUCGGUCCAAAGCUCUUCAAUUCCACCCCGACAAGAACCCGACUGCACUGCCAGAGCAGUUCCAAGCUAUCACUGAAGCUUACGAGGUGCUGUCGGACCCUGAGAAGCGGCAAUUGUACGACUACUAUGGACCUACUCUAAAGCCGAGACUGAGCGAAGCUUUCGCUCGAUUGGCGCCGCUGCUGCUGCCCUUAGCAACAGGCUUUAUUGGAUCAAGUGUUUGCACUUAUGACAGCUCGCUCAGUGCGCGAGCUGCGUGUGGCUACGAGGUUGGUCUGAUGGGCGUCGCAGGUGUGUUCUAUUGCUACCGUCGAGGCGCAAAAGACAGCGCGAAGCCACAGACAAAGCCCCAAAAAGAGAUGUUAUCUCUGUCUGACUACGUCACCAUCACUUCCGUGGGGCUGCUGAUAGGGAAUGUUAGCGGCUGGGCAGCCUCGUCGAUAGUGUUGCUGUGCAAGGCGAUCGUGUUUGGAAGUUAG